AUGGCUCUUUGUAAUUUAACUAUGGCACCUCAGUCCGGCCCUGAUCAAAAAUGUGGGGGCUUUCACAUGACUAGCCUCGCUUAUGUCGCCAUAUCAUUCUCCUUAGACCAGCAAAUCCCCCAGAUCCAGACUACCGAAUUCGAGGGCCUAGAAGACGUCCAUGUCAAUGGCUUGUCGUUGCUCUCAUUCCAUAAACAGCUAGUGGAAAUCGACCUGACUUCUAAUCACGAGCAUACAGCCUCGCUCUACUUGAAGCAGUUCCUCGAGAACGCUGGUCUCACUGUGGAACUCCAGCCUAUCCAUGACAACUACGAGAUCAGGUACAAUGUCUACGCCUACUAUGGAAAAACAAGGGAUACCAAGGUUGUGGUGACGUCUCAUUUUGAUACCGUUCCUCCCUACAUUCCUUACUCCAUUAAUGGCACCAAGAUCUUUGGCAGAGGCACAUCUGAUGCCAAAGGCUCUGUAGCUUCGCAGACUUUCGCAUUCCUUUCGCUUCUUGAAAACAACGAAAUCAAGGAAGGAGAUGUCUCGCUUCUCUUUGUAGUCGGCGAAGAAGUCUCGGGAACAGGAAUGCUUGAGGCUAACAACUUGGGUGCAAAAUGGGACAUUGCUAUAUUUGGUGAACCAACAGAAUUGAAACUUGGAGUCGGCCAUAAGGGUGCUGUAGUGUUCACUCUUGAUGUCGAGGGACAUGCCUCUCACAGUGGAUAUCCCCAAUUGGGCAUUUCUGCUGGUGAAAUCAUCAUUCCUGUCUUAAACAAAUUGAUAAACUCCGAGUGGCCCGUAGACGAUAAGUUAGGACCAUCCACUCUCAAUAUUGGUAGGUUCGAAGGAGGUGUAGCGGCCAACGUGAUCCCAGCACACGCUUCAGCUCAGGCUCUAAUUCGUGUUUCUGGUCAAUUAGACAGAGUCAUCGAGCUCAUUGAAGAAGCUGCUGCUGAUAUUGACCAUUUGACUUUAAAUAUUAGAAGCAAAGCUGAACCAGUCUACUUGGACUACGAAGUGCCGGGCUUUGAGUCAAUCGUGUUAGCCUAUUUCACAGACGUGCCCAACUUGAAGCUCCCAUUGAAGUCUCGCUACUUGUACGGUCCUGGAACUAUUCUCGUUGCUCAUGGAGACGACGAAUAUGUAGAGAAUCUGGAUUUGGUAGAAGCUGUAGAUGGCUACAAGAGAUUAGUUGCCCAUGCUCUUUCCGAAUUGUAA